GUCAGUUAGAAAAUAACCUAUUCUUGACUCUUGUUUGGUGUUCGUUGAAUAAACGUUUAAAUCUCCAUACUUCGAUGACGAAACACAGCCAGGUAUACUAAAUAAGUUCAUACAGUUCAGUAUGGGUUCUAGUAGCAAGAAAGGCAAGGAAAAAGAGUCGAGAAAGCGUCGAUUUGAAGAAAAUCCCCAAGAUUCCCCCAAGGAAAAGAGGCACAAGCACAAGAAGCACCAUCAUCACCACCACAAAGAUCACAAAGACAGGAAAAGGGACAAUAAACCGACCAAGUACGAUGAUGAAAAAUCAUCGAGACAAUACGAAAGCGAAGAUUCCGAUGUCGUGGAAAUCAUCGACGAUCCCCCUACUUCAUCCCCACCUGCGCCGAUUUCUCCUCAAGACAAAGCCCAGGAGAACCAAUCCAAUCACCAGGAUUCCCUUUCGAUAGACGAAACAAACAAACUCAGGGCCAAGUUGGGCUUAAAGCCGCUAGAUCAAGGCCACACGAGCUCCAAAGACGAUAUGAAAAAGGACGAAUGGGGCGAAUUUUACCACAAGCCGGCCCAGAACAUCAACGAGAAAACGCAGCAGGAGAAAGUGCGCACGAAAUUGCAGGAGAUGCGCGAAAAACGCCGAUUAUCUCAUAAAUUAUCGGCAGUUAAGACUCUCGGAGAGUCCGACGAUGAAGAAGAUCUAACCGCUUGGGUGGAUAAAUCGAGGAAAAAGGCCGAAGAAAAGCUGGAAGCCCAGAAAAGGGAGAGGAUGUUGGAGGAAUUGGACGCGCAAUUGGAGGAAAAUCGCGUGAAAACGCCUAAAAAAUAUACGGAAAAAGAUCUAAAAGGACUCACCAUCCAGCACGAUCUCGAUAGUUUCGAUGAAGAAAAAACCGUCAUAUUAACCCUAAAGGACAAGGCCAUUUUGGACGAAGAUGGAGACGACGUAUUGGUGAAUGUGAAUAUGAUCGACGAGGAAAAGUAUAGGAAAAACAUAGAAAAUAAGAAGAAGAAGGCGAUUUAUAAUCCGUACGAAGACGAGGAGUUUGAUGAUGAUGGAAAUUACCGUGGAAAAAGUUUGUUGGGGAAAUACGACGAGGAGAUUGGAGGAGAGAAAAGAGAGUCGUUUAAAAUCGGUUACGAUAACGCCCAGGAACGUAAAGAAGCUUCGAUGCGCCAAAUCAAAGCCAAACUGGCCAAAAAACGCCUAGAAAGCGCCUCGGAAUCCAAUCUGAAGUUAGCCUCCGACUACUACAACGAAGAAGAAAUGGCCAAAUUCAAGAAACCCAAAAGAAAAAUCAAGAAAAUCCGCACCAAAGGAAAACUACAAGAUCUAAACGAUUCCAAACAAGACGAUUCCGGUGGUUCGGAAUCUAGAAGGCCCGGUAACAAAAUCGACAUCGACAUCGAUGACGUUCCAUCGGUCGAUAUUGACAUGAGUGACGUCAAAAUCGAAGAUGAAAAGGACGAUUUGCUCGAGAGGGCGCUGCACAAGGCGAGGAAAAUCAGACAAAAGGAGAACGUUUUGGCCGAUAUCGUCAAAAUGGAGGUGAAAGAAGAAGCCGAAGAGGAUGCGGAUGGUGCAAAUAUCGUGUUAAAUUCGACCGCGGAAUUUUGCCGAACUUUAGGAGACAUCCCGACAUACGGAAAAUCCGGUAAUAGAGAUGAAAACGACGAGAAUAUGGAUUACCAGGAUGAACGUUCGAAAAGCGAUAGCGACGAAGACGUGGAAUUUAUCGAAGAAACCGCAGGUUGGAAUUCCGUCGAAGCUAAUCAGGGAUUGACCUCGUCGCAAAUCGGUCAUCAGGAGGCCCAGAUUCUCGACGAGGAGCCGGACGUCGGGACGGGCGUCGGCGCCGCCCUCAAGUUGGCCAUGUCCAAGGGUUACUUGGACAAGGAGCAGGACAAGAGACCGUCGAAUUCGCGUUUGGCUCAUUUGCAAGCGAAAAAUUAUUCCAUCGAAGAUAAAUCGUACGGGGACGAGGGCGGCGAGCGACAGGGAGGCAGAAGGGAACGGUAUUCGGGACCGAUAACGGAAUUCAAAGAAAAGGACGCGUUCAAGCCGAACGUUAAAUUGGAGUAUAUCGACGACGAUGGACACGUUCUCAAUUCUAAGGAGGCUUUUAGAUAUCUGUCGCACAAAUUCCACGGCAAGGGUCCCGGCAAGAACAAGGUGGAGAAACGGAUUCAGAAGAGCGCGCAGGAGCAACUGAUGAAGAAAAUGAGCUCUACCGAUACGCCUUUGGGUACAUUGAACAUGUUGCAGGCGAAGCAGAAGGAAACGCAAUCGGCUUACGUGGUGUUGUCGGGUAACAAACAGGCCAAUUCCACUUCGACGCUUUCUAAAGUAAGACGGUGAAAUUUGUAGGAUUUACUUUGUAUUUAUUCCCAUCGUUUAGGAGAUAAAUUAAAUUAAAUAACACAAAACAUGUAUGUGUCCACAUUUCAUCAGCAUUUUAAUUAAUUUAUUCGCCGCGCAUUCGCGUGCCUAAUUACAAAUAAAAAUUACGAUUUCUCGCACUUUAAAAAUAUAUUUACAGAGCAAUAAAAACGCAAAAGAGAAUACGAUUUUUGUUUUUCGGAAAAUAUUUAAUCUACAGGGCGUUCCGAUGAGGCACCCACGUUUUCUCCGUAUGAUCGAAUCGAUGCGCCAGCCAUUGUUGCUCCAACAAUUGAUACCUUGCUUGACUCAAAUACAAGGGUUUGCCACGUCUGAAAAAAAACCAAUUUAAAUCCAUAUAUAAAGAUAUUACUACUA